GAGGAGCGCUUGGCACGCACCGAAGCCGUCCCCGUCGUCGAGCGCGCCAUGUACGCCAUCGAGAAACGACCCUCUCUGCACCGCUCGCUGCCCCGUGCCGCCGUCUGCUGUCCUCGAGCCAGCCUGCACCUGCCUCUGCUGCCUCUGCUGCCCACCGUGCCUGCCCCACAGAUGAAUGAACCGCCGGACAUCACCCCACGUGCCCACCCAUCGCAGUCGACGUCGAGCGCGUCGCAAACCUUCAGCUGAGCGACCCGCUGCGCUCCCCGUCCCAUGUCCUGUGUAGGACCCGCGGCGCCGAAUGAUCUGGUACCUCCUUUAUCCGUUGCGUGGCACGACUGAGCCGCCGAGGCUCUCCCCUUCGCACCCCAUCCGCCGCGCUUUCCAGGCCCACGGCACCGCCACGGCCCGCCAUUGGCUGCUGUCCAUUGUCCUGACCAUCAUCAUCUCGGUGCUGCUGUGCUAUCCCGCCGUCUUCCAGACCGACAGCUCCGCCGCCGCCGGCCUGCGCAACCUGCCCAAGCAUGCCUGGACCUCGACCACCGAGGUCGACGGUGAGCGCCCGGUGGACGUCGUGGUGCGCCAGGUCUGGGUCCACGGCGACUACAUGAAGGCCAUCGCCGUGCCGGUCCUGCGCGAGGCCAUGCACGUGCAGCAGGCCCUCAUCGGCAGCGGCUUCGACGGGGACCAUGUCGCCCCCGCCAACAGCUCCGGCUGUCUGGCGGCUGCACGUGGCCAGGGCUGGGGCUGGCACUCGCCGCUGAUGUACUGGGACUGUUCGCUCAGCGCCCUGGAAGCGGACAAGGACCUCCUCCACACCAUCAAUGUGCAGAGCGGGGCCCAGUCGGCGCUCAACUUCACACUCCGGCCCAGCACCGUCUUGGCAGGCAAGCAGUUUCUGCACACGAAGCUCCGUGCAGCAGACGCACUGGUCAUCAGUCUCCUCGUCCUGAACGAAACAGAUCUCGGAGAAGCCUGGGACUCGAGAUCGCGAAGUCUAGCCAACAACCUCUCGCCAAACUGGACCAUCUUCCCUCAAGAUGGGCAAGUCGACCGAAGUCGGCUGUAUGAAUUCAGGUUCAGGCCAAUGACCCUCAACGACGACUUGUUUCUGGCUGCGUCCUACCUCGUGACCGCAGCGUACGUGAUAUGGCGCAUGAUGCAGUUGCGUGCUGUCAAGAGUUGGUUCGGUCUGCUGCUUACAAUAUGUGCCAAGAUGACUAUAUGCAUCAUUGCCAGCUUCAGUCUAUGUACCAAUCUAGGGAUCGAUCUAGCGCGUAUACCCCGCCCCUGGUUUCCUGCGGUUGUUUUUUGUUUUGGACUGGGGAAUAUAUUCCGCUUGAUAAACGUGGUACUCGAGACACCUCCGGAAUUGCCCCCGCACCAACGCGUUGGAAAUGCUUUGGGCCAAAUCGGACACAAGUCCCUCGCGGUUGCAUUCCAGAACCUUGCCCUGAUAUACUUCUGCUCGCGGCUCGUCGCACCAUGGGUUGCUGAUUUUUGCGUGUUUGCAGCCGUCACGCUGGUGUUCGACUUCGUCUACCAUGUGACAUUCUUUGUCGCUGUUCUGAGCGUUGACGUGCAGAGAAUGGAACUCUCGGACUCCCUCAAGUGGGUGGAGCAAACCCCAAAGUCGAAGAAGAAUCGUCAGGAGCGACAGUCUUGGCUUGCUGCGUUACGACAGGGCACUCUACCGCUGGGUACGCGAUUUGCAGGAACCGUCGCCAUUUUCUCUAUGAUCCUGGCUAUAAACUGGCAUUACUUCGACAUCACCGACAAGGAGUUAUCCUUUGCCACCCUUCGUCGGAGGCUUAUGACCAGUAAACGGAAACGCAGUAGUAAUGCUGCAUGGGGACCACCUCCGAUUAACCAAGCUAGGACACCUGCCGAUUGGUUGAGGCUCCAAGAUCAUAACACCGCUCGAGAGCUGUUUGGAUAUAUCAAGCCCGGUGCUCACAGCUUCAUAGCCCGCAUCUACGAUCCGCUCCUUGUCGUUUCGAAAGGGGCGCAUGGCAGAGAUAGACCUCAACCGCCAACAUCUUUGCUCGAAGGUCUUCGCCGAUUUGCUCAUGGCCACGCAUUUCCUGCAGCUCUGAUGGUAGUCUUCCUGAUAGCCGGUGUUACCUUACUGAUGAACUAUCUCCUAUGGACUGGGUUACCGCAAACUCUAGAUGGAGACAAGGACGAGGAAGUGAUGCUCUCUGUCAAGACGCUACCAACACGACAGACCCUCGAUGUUGACAGCCUAACUUCUUGCCCGAAAGGUCACCUUGCUAGUAUUUCCCUCGAUAGGUCCACCUCAAUCUGGCUUCAUGGCCGGACAGGAUACCUACACACAGUAUUACAAACGGCCGCAAUGAAACCAAAAUUGUGGCCCAUACUCGCCAGUGCCAUGAACGACGCGGGAAGCAUGAUUGCCUUAUGUGCCGAGAGCGGACACAUCGGGUUGUGGAGCAUCGCUGCCUCGCGCUUCUUGAUGUUUCCAAUGGUUGAGCUUGGCGGGCAUACGCCAGUUCUCUUCACUUUUAUUACCAUUUCUCGCGCAGAUUCCGAUAAGUUGUGUCUCAUCAUCGUUAACCCGGACGGCUUCCUGACUGAAAUGGAGGCACACACGGGUGUGCACCAAACUAAGCGUAUUAGCUGCAGCUCGAUCAUCUCGGCGACGCUGUAUACAUCUGCCAAGGGUGACACCAGCCUCGUUUUUGUGAUCAAAGCUGGAGAAGUCCAUAUUCUAUCAUUGAAAGAGUGGGACCAUUCCGCGUCUGAGAUAGUUGCCGGUUUGGAUCCAGGACCACCGCCUGGCAGCAACCCCGCGAAAAUCAAAUGCAUCCAAGGUGUUCCCAGCCUUGGGUUAAUAUUUGCCCUUCGCAAUGAAGAGGCCGAAAUUUUCGACUUCAACAGCAGGGCGCUCAUCCACUCGUUCCAGAUCGGUCAUGCCAAACCUCAAUCGUUCAGGGUUAUGCAUCCAGCACGACGGCUGUGUCCCUGUGGAGCCCCCGCCGUACAUUCCCUAUCCAUUGCAUAUGCAGAGCAAGAUUCGGACCAGAUGACCAUGCAAACAUUCGCCCUAGACGACACCGCCACAUCGCAAAUCUGCCUCGGCAAGCCGCCAGAUAAAGGCAAGUACAAAUGCCAGGGCCUCGACAGCGCAAAAGAGAAAGUGCACUACGUCGAGCCAGCCGGAGUGUGGGAGUCGACGAGCGCGCUCAGCGUCGUCGGAAUAAGGCGCUGUGUGCAAUCCUCGACGCCAUCGUCCACGGCGUCCGGCAUGAACGACGGCAACUACGCAGCUGAACCAUCGGCCCUCGCCUACGCACUCAAGCAACGCGCCCGCAAGGAAAACACACCGAACGGCCUCUUCCACUCCCUCAGCUCCCUGGGUAGUCGCCACUUGCAUCCCCCGGGCGACACGGAUGUCUGGGAGGCAUGGUCGCUCUCUUCCACGGGCGAAUCGUGCUCCCGCCCUCUUUUCCCCGAUAACCUCGAGGAUGCGGACUCGGCGUUUGAGGAUGAGCUGUUUGUUGCUGCGCCCGGUCCGAUUACUCGGCUUGGGCAGCGCAGUGUGGCUGUGGGCUUUGGCAAUACGGUCAAGAUUAUCACGCUGGGGAAGGAGUCGUUUGAUGGGGCGGAUGUGAGCAUGGGGGGCCGUCAGUGGCGUCCGAAUAAGAGCGGGGGGAGGAAGGGACAGUAGUCAUGUUGGCGUUUUAUUGAAUUUGGAUUCGAGUCUGGGGGGGGUUUUCCCCCAAGUAUAUAGACCGGCGAUUCUGGCGUUUUCUUGUUAGCGACGGCGACGGCGGUGGUGAUUUGUGCUUUGUACACGUAUGUAUGUAUCAGCAAGGUGGGGGGUUGGGGGCGUUGUUUAAAGUGUUGUAGGAACAGUUCCAUUGUAGAUUUCCUUUCUUGUUACUUAUUCAGCAGCACACGCUCAGUACAAGUAGAGCCCAAAAAAUAAGAUAGUAAUGAAGAAGACACGGACAAAUAUCUAGACAGC